AUGGACGUCAGGUCGUAUAGAAGAGCCGACUGUGCGUCAGACCACUUCCUCAUCGUGUGCACGGUUAAACUCAUGUUCACCUACAUGCACAAGAAGAAGAAGACACUAGAACCUGCUUUGAGUGUUGAGAAACUACGAGAAAGUGCCAUUAAAGAACAAUAUGCUACAGAAAUCAAAAACCGUUUUAAGGUCCUAGAGACCCUGAAACCAAGAGAGAACGUGGAGGAAAGGUGGAAAGAAAUAAUGUCCACGGUACUAAGUGCAGCGGAGGAUAUAUUAGGAAGAAAGAAGUUAAUGAAGAAGAGGAAAAUGGUUCAACGAGACAUGCCAGAAGGCUACAGAAAAGAGAAGGAAGAUGAGUGGCUAGCUUACAAGGAGAAUGAGCAGAAAAGGGAACAUUUUUUCAAUAUCAGAAGGGAGACAAAGCGAAUCCUAAGGACAGAGAAUAGAAUAUAUCUAACCAGUUUGUGCUAG